AUGACUGUGCCUGCCGCUGGGGGAGUAGCUUCACGCCACGACCUAGAUGACGUUGCUCUCGGGCGGUAUCUGCAACGCACGAAUUCCGUGCCUACAUUAAAGCUACCAGUUGUAUCGACAAAAAUCGGUUAUGGUCAAAGCAAUCCGACAUAUUACGUCGACGAUGCAGCCGGAACCCGACUCAUUCUCAGAAAAAAGCCCGCGGGGCAAAUCAUCAGCAAAGUCGCCCACCAGGUCGACCGCGAGUUUCGGGUGUUGAAGGCCCUUGGCACGGUCAAAGGAUUUCCUGUGCCCAAGGUCUAUACGCUAUGUAUGGACGAUUCCGUCAUCGGCACAGCGUUCUACGUCAUGGAGUUUGUGAAAGGCAGGAUAUUCACAGAUUACAGCCUUCCAGAGCUGUCGCCUUCAGAUAGGCGCAAGGCCUGGUUCUCUCUGGUGGAAACCCUAGCAUGGCUCCAUUCAAUUGACCCAUUUUCCAUCGGGCUAGAAGGAUUCGGCAAGACCACGGGAUUCUACGCUCGUCAUUGCAACACCUUUACUAGAAUCGAGGCCGAACAAUCCAAGAUCGAAGACAGCGAUGGAAAGCCACUCGGCCGAGCACAUGAGCACUAUGAUGAAAUUAUCGACUACGUGAGAAACAAUCUACCUGGCGACCGCUACGCGAUUGUGCAUGGUGACUACAAGUUUGACAAUGUGAUACUCCAUCCUACCGAGCCACGAGUCAUUGCGAUCCUCGAUUGGGAACUCUCAACUAUUGGGCACCCGCUGAUGGAUGCAGUCUUUAUCGUUGCGUCGUUCUGGAACGAGGCAUAUAAGACUUCCUCGAACCCACUUUCCAAAGUCAACGGUGUGCCCGGGGCUGAUGAGUUGAUGGACCGCUAUAGCGAGAUCGUUGGAUUCGACCCUCGAAAAGAUGGCGGAGGCAAGGACUGGGAAGUGGCCAAAAUCUUCCACCACGUACGGGGCAGUACGAUUACGCAUGGGAUCCAGGCAAGGACGAUCCGCGGCCAGGCCAGUAGUGAGUUCAGCCACGUGUACUUCGAGUAUACGAAAUCAGGGCUGGACAUUGCAUUGAGGAUCGUGCGGGAGAUGAAGGCAAAGGAAACACCUCUACCAAAACUCUAA